AUGGGAAAUUCAGCAUCUGUUCAAGCUGCUAUUACAAAGGAUUUUCACUUAUCUAUCGCCGAGUUUUCAGUAUUUGGUUCCAUACCGAAUGUUGGUGCAAUCACGAGUGGAAGAAUUGCGGAUUUCGUCGGCCGGAAAGGGGCAAUGAGAGUAUCUUCUGCCUUCAGCAUUACAGGAUGGAUAGCUAUUUACUUCUGCGAGUUUGGUGCAUUGCUACUUGAUAUUGGAAGAUUGCUAUGUGGGUAUAAACUAAAUAUUAAUGCCCAUGUUAUUCCCGUAUGUGUAGCUGAAAUCGUCCCCAAGGAUCUUCGUGGUGGGUUAGACACCUUGAAUCAGCUAACGAUCAUGAUAGGAGGAUCGACGUCCUACCUAGCUGGGACAGCUUUGCAAUGGCGACUGUUAGCUCUGACUGGAAUCAUCCCAUGUUUAAUUCAGCUUGCGGGUCUUGUUUUCAUCGCCGAGUCUCCGAGAUGGCUGGCAAAGGUUGGAUACGAGAAAGAGUUCUACAAUGCUUUGAGGAGACUCCAUGGAGAUAAUGCUGAUGAUAUUUCUCAUGAAGCAAAUGAAAUCCAAGAUUAUUUGCAAACCCUAAAGCACCAGUCUACAGCCGGCAUGCUAGACUUGUUCCAAAGAGAAUACAUGCGUUCGAUCAUCAUUGGUGUGGGACUAAUGAUGUUUCAACAAUUCGGAGGGAUAAAUGGAGUUGGUUUCUACACGAGUGAAACGCUCAAUUCAGUAGGCUCUUCUUCUGGGAAAAUUGGAAUAAUAGCUUUUGCAAUGAUUCAAAUCCCUAUCACCGCUGUGGGUGCGAUCUUGGUGGAUAAUUGUGGAAGAAAACCGCUUUUGCUAGUUUCAUCAACAGGCACAUUCAUAGGAUGCUUGAUUGCAGCAAUAUCAUUUCUAAUGAAGGAACACAACUUGCUUCAACAAUGGGUUCCAUUGUCUGUACUAUGUGGAUUGCUGAUCUUCGAGGGUUCAUUUGCAGUAGGAAUGGGAGCAGUCCCUUGGGUCCUCAUGUCCGAGAUAUUUCCGAUAAAUGUUAAGGGAGUAGCAGGAAGUUUAGUGAAUCUAGAACACUGGUUUGGUGCUUGGGCUUGCUCUUACACUUUCAAUUUCCUCAUGGAUUGGAGUCCCUCAGGUACCUUUUUCCUCUAUUCAGGAGUUUGUGCAGCUUCUGUUAUUUUUGUGGCCAAAGUUGUGCCAGAAACAAAGGGAAGUACCUUGGAAGAGGUACAAGCUUCCAUCAAUUUUUGA